GGGAUUUACAUACAUGGCUUGUGACUCACACAGACUUUGAAAAGAAGUGCAAAAACACAGAGCGAGUGGUGAAACAGAUCCAAUGAGUAGCGAAGCCUCAUCACUGCAGAUGGACCAGACGCAGGCAGGCCCCAGCCUGGCACCGCCCAGCCCACUGGCGGAGCCCCUGACGAACACAGAUUUCUACAUAGGAGUGGGCCUGGCCAUUUCGUCCUGCUUCUUCAUCGGUUCCAGUUUCAUCAUCAAGAAGAAGGCGCUCCUUCGUCUGAGCAGGUUUGGCGAGGUGCGGGCAUCGGCUGGCGGAUUUGGUUACUUACGCGAGUGGAUCUGGUGGGCGGGGCUGCUGACAAUGGGCCUGGGUGAGGCGGCAAACUUUGCGGCCUAUGCCUUUGCGCCCGCCUCCCUGGUCACCCCCCUGGGUGCACUGAGCGUGAUAAUUUCGUCGGUGAUGGCCUCCAGGUUCCUCAACGAGAAACUCAAUCUGCUGGGCAAAAUUGGCUGCUUUCUGUGCAUACUCGGAUCCACCAUCAUAGUGAUACACUCGCCCAAGGAGAAGGAGGUGGAGGAUCUGCAAUUGCUCUUCGAUAUGCUGCUGGAUCCGGUGUUUAUUUUGUAUGUCACCUGCAUCAUUGGCUCCACGGCCUUUGUGGCGUGCUUCGUUGCUCCGCGGCAUGGUCACACGAACGUUGUGGUGUACAUAUUUCUGUGCUCGGGCAUUGGCUCGCUGACCGUCAUGAGCUGCAAGGCUCUGGGUCUGGCCAUCCGGCAGACCCUGGCCAACGGUGGCAAUGUCUUUCUCACCUGGAUGCCUUGGUUCCUGAUUGUCAUCACCGUCACCUUCAUUGCCAUCCAGAUGAACUAUCUGAACAAGGCGCUAGACAUUUUCAACACCAGCAUUGUGACGCCUGUGUAUUAUGUGAUGUUUACGACUCUGGUGAUCACUGCAUCGGCAAUUCUCUUCAAGGAGUUUACCCACAUGCGUUUCGACGAUAUCCUGGGAGAUGUUUGCGGCUUUCUCAUAGUCAUUACGGCUGUGUUUCUGCUGAACGCCUUCAGGGAUAUCGAUCUAACGCUCAACGACGUGCGGGGCCUGAUGCGACCCAAAAUGCAGCGGGUUUCCCAGUACGAUGACGAUGUUUUGGUCACCACAAACAUCAAGGAGCGGCGUCUUUCAUACGGAUCCGGUGAUGUCUUCCGCAAGGCAUGACACAAGCAACGUUAUCAGGUUUAGUUCUAUCCCACACAGCGUACAACCUGAGGAGAAACUUAACUUGUAGACUUGUAGCUUUGACCCAAAAAAA